GGCCCGGCGGGCAGCGGAGUGGCAGCAGGCAGGCAGGCAGCGCAGCCGGCGCAGCGGACGCCGCCACAGCAGCCAGCAGACAGCGACAGCAGCAGACACCGGCCGCCCCCGCGCCAUGCCGCCCCGCGGGCCCGCCCCCGCCGCCCCCGGCCUCUCGUCCUCCGCCUUCAUGAAGCCGUUCGUGGUGCUGGCGCUGCCCGGCAUGUACCUCUUCUACAAGUACAGCCAGUACCGGCGGCAGCAGCAGGAGCAGAACCGCCGCAAGGUCACCGAGCGCGAGCUGCAGCACCUCAACCACAAGAUCGACAAGCUGCUGACCAAGCUGGAGGAGAACGAGCCGGAGAUGGCCACGUCGCAGGAGGAUGAGUGCGUGAUCUGCGUGAACGCCAAGGCGACGAUGCAGACGUCGCCAUGUGGGCACCGGGUGGUGUGCCGCAAGUGCUUCGUCAAGACCAUCCAGAUGGCGGUCUCGCAGCGCCUGCUGCCGCUGCGCUGCGUCAUCUGCAGGGCCAAGAUCCUGCGCCUCAAGCAGAGCGGCGGUGGUGGCGGGGGCGGCUCCGGCUCGCUGCACCACCACCACCAUCACCACCACCACCCGCACCACCCACAGCAGCAGCCGCAGCACCAGCAGCAGCAGCACCCAGCGGCCUACGGCGCCGGCCUGCCCUGGGGCGUCAUGCCCAGCUCCGCGUCGCAGUACUCGGUCGGCAGCUCCGUGCCCAACUCCGAGUCGCUCUACUCCAUGACAUCGGGCUCGUCUUCCCUCUCAGGUGUGUCUUCCGUGAGCUCUGCGACGACGAGUAGCGCAGGCAGCAGCGGCAGUGCCGGCGGAGGCCUGGGGAAGGCCGGCAAGGCGGGGGCGGCGGGGGCGGCGGUGGCAGUGGCGGCGGCGGCGCGCGUUGGGCUCGGCUUCCCGCGGCAGCCCACCGGAUCCCUGCGACGCUCGCAGGCGCACUCCAUGAAGCUGCGAUUGCAGGAUUACAAAGAGCCCGCGGCGCGCCCGGUCCGUGAACCCGAGCACCGCCUGCCGCCCAUCAAGGAGUUCCAGCGGGAGUUCCGCGCCUGCAAGGAGCGCACCGCCUCCUCCUCCUCCACCCGGAUACGAUGCGCACAAAAAAUUGUCACUCAGUUGGAGACUACACCUGUGAAUAGAACCUCAAAGUCUAGUUAUUUCCGUUCACCUCUGAAACCUGCCAAUAAGGAGGACAAAAGGAGAAGUGAAAAGUGGAAAGACGAAAGGAAAAAAGAAGACCGAAAAGACAAUGAAGAAAAUUUGGAAAACAAGAAGAAGGAAGAAAAGAUGAAUAAGAAGGCAGAGAAAAAAGAAGCAAAGCUGGAGAAGAAAGCAGAUAAGAAAGAGGAGAAAAAAGAAGCUAAAGCUGAGAAGAAGGAAAAGACAGAAAAGAAAGAAAAUAAAAAGGAAGCUAAGGCUGAAGCAAAGGAAAGCAAGAAGGCAGCAAAGGCAGAAAAGAAGAAAGAAAAAUCCAAGGCAGAGAAAAAAGAAAAAGAUUAGUUACAAAAUAGAUUAAAGAAA